AUGCUCAAUGUUAGACCUGACAAGCCACAUAGAAAGGCCUCAAAUUCAUGUAGUAAACUUUUAAAUGAUAUGAUUGCUUGUUAUCAGAAUACAAUUUGUUAUAAAAAGGAUAACUCAAAUUUUUUAGAUUGUCUUCACAAUCAUAAUUUAAAUGAAAUUGAUGAAAAUUGUAUUAUUUUAAGAAAAGCCUAUGCCCAAUGUCGUCGUAAUUUGUUGAACGGAAAUUUCAAAAUCAAAGGAAACCCAUUAUCAAGAUAA